GCCAGCAAAACUUCCCGUGAUUAUUCAUUGACUGUAGUUGCUUCCUUGGUUUGUUCGUCUUUGUAUCUGCAGUGGAGAUUUGUUUAUUUUAAAAUAAAGUGGAGCUUGUGAACCCGAAACUUUACAAAGAUGGCUAUGCAAGCGGCAAAAAGAGCUAAUAUCCGGUUACCACCAGAAGUAAAUCGGAUCCUGUAUAUUCGCAACCUGCCAUACAAAAUCACAGCCGAAGAAAUGUAUGAUAUAUUUGGAAAAUAUGGCCCCAUCAGGCAAAUCAGAGUUGGCAACACGCCAGAAUCAAGAGGAACAGCAUAUGUGGUCUAUGAGGACAUCUUUGAUGCCAAGAACGCAUGUGAUCACUUGUCAGGAUUUAAUGUCUGCAACAGAUACCUUGUAGUAUUGUACUACAAUGCAAACCGGGCUUUCCAGAAAAUGGACACCAAGAAGAAAGAGGAGCAACUGAAGCUUCUCAAAGAGAAAUACGGAAUCAACACAGAUCCACCAAAAUAAGCGUUUUUUUUGUUUGUUUUUGUAAUACAUGGACUUUGGUUCCUAAUUAGGAACGCUUGCAGUGAUGCAUUCAGAACACACCCAUUCAACAGGGUGCAUCACUUAUUUUUACAGUGUUGCUUUUCUUCUAUAUGACUGUUUUAUUUUUAUUUUUUCAUUAGUCGGUGUCUUCUGACAGGCAGCGUAAUAUUUGCUUUUCUUUGCCUGUUACAAAAAAAAAUCAAUACUACAGCUGUGUUGCUUAAUUUGGAUAUACCCUGAUAUCAAAAUGGAUUUACCAUGACUUUUUAAUAGUUUAACAAGAUCACCAAACAUCAUAAAUAAUAAAACAAAUCAAUGAAUAAA